AUUCCUGUUUAUGGAAUACCGUGUAAAUAGGACGGAACGAACACGAACAUGGUGCGAGCGUGGUACAUGGACGAUGUGGCGGGCGACCAAAGAAAGCCCCACAUGACAGACCCCCCACAGUUUGUCAGUCUGGAGCAACUGAAGGAUUUGGGGGUUCUGUACUUUGAGAUAAGCUCAGACCCUGCCAAAGCAGAGGAGCAGGUGAAGGAACUCCGGGCUGAUCGUGGAUACACGUACCAAGACAUGAUCACAUGCAGCCCGGAAAAACUCCCAAACUAUGAGCAGAAGCUGAAGAAUUUUUUUGAGGAGCACCUACACACAGAUGAAGAGAUCCGCUACAUUUCAGAGGGGAGUGGUUAUUUCGAUGUACGAGACGGGAAAGACAAAUGGAUCCGAAUCGAACUGGUUUCAAAUGACCUUAUCAUUCUUCCCGCGGGCAUCUACCACAGAUUCACGCUGGAUGAAAAGAAUUACGUCCAGGCACAUCGGUUUUUCGUCGGAGAACCCGUAUGGACGCCGCAUAACAGGCCAGCAGACGACAUGGAGGCCCGCCAAAUCUACCUGCAAAGUCACCCAGUGUCUGCCUAGAAGUCUAGAGAACAGAGCACAGUGCUUUAUGUAUACAUAUCAUGAACAGAAAUGAAGUUCUUGUCUUCAUCAAUUACUUACGGGUCUAUGUUCUUUUAUAAUCUGAAUUUAUUCAUUGUUAUAAAAACAAUUUGUACAACACGAGAAAGCAUGUAAAUUAAAAUGUACAUGUACACUAAUUAUAUCAAACAUUUCUGAAUACCACAAAAUGAAUCUGUAGAUUCAGUAUACAUGUAUAAAACACAGUAUAUCUUCCAUCUUUUACAAUUAAAUUUCAGAUUAUGA